AUGAAUGUGUUCCUGGUCUUUAAAACCUCUAAAGGUUUCAUUGAUGUAGCACAAAAUUCAACAGAUAAUGUCGGAUUGUCUGAAAAACAUAAGAAUUACGCUUCUAUGUGUUCGUGCGUGAUCAUCGUUCACAUCUGCCCCUUUGGAAUAUUUUUGGCGGGGAAGAGAAAUAAUCCUGGCUCACCAAUACGUACUUGA